AUGGAAGGCGGUCGUUGGAUGAUCCCUCAGAUUGCUGACCACCUCCCUGCUGUCAUUCCUCAUGGUUUGACUGCCUGCAUUCUAUAUGAUGACCCUGCCGUUUGUGAGGACUUUGGUUUGGGCCACCCACCGGAUGGUCUCCCUGACAUUGGUGCACAGUCGUAUUAUCCCUAUUUUCCUGAAAUCGUGUUCCUUAUCUUUAUUGCCCUCAGGAACCUUGCACCUUCAGGUUGA